AUGGCUUCCUAUGACAAACAUGUCUUCUUCUUCGCCUCCAAGAUAGUCCUUUCCAACUCGAGCAUUAUCUCACGCAGCCCCGUCUGCCCCCACCGCAAGACGAUCAAGCACAUCACCGUUCUCUGCCUGGAGGGCAAACACUUCGGCAUUCUUUUUGACUAUUGCCCAACGCUGGUGUCGUACUGGCUUCAGCCGGCAAUGCAACAGUGGGAGGCCCUGCUGGACGUGUUGACAGAACUCGAGGACCCUCCAAUGCUGGAGGGCUGGCUCUUCCCGGGGGCCAUCAAGGACUUCUACCACCCGCUGAUGAUACCGGAGUUGUUGAAGGCUGACAAUGAGGGGAAGGAGAAGGAAUUGAGGGUGGUGGAGGUGCUGGUGUUCACUGAGUGCUAUGGGACGCACUAUAGGACGAAUGCUUGCCCAUGUCCCUGCCCCUCAUUUCUGAGGUGA